AUGCGAUUCCGAUCACAUCGUAUUAGAGCACGACGAAAAAGACGUAUAACGCGAACCGAUCCAAAUACAAUAAUCAGACCCACAGAGGAAAGGAUAGCUGAUGACCACGUCAUCCAGCUUACUCCAUUAAAAUCUCCAAUUUCAAUUGAUUCCAUGCAACGGUUAACGCGAAACGGAGACCAAGUUAACUUCAGACAAGUGCUGCGCAUCUAUGGAUCAGGGGUGGUUGAAGAGCCUUACGCUUAUUUACCAAGGCGGACAUCAGUGUUGAGUACGCGCGGUAUGGUAACGGUGAAAUAUGGCACGAAUAUGAUCGAAAUCGCUACGCAAAAUACCGAUGUUCAGCCAAGCAAACGUGGCCGCGUCGGCAGCUGGAUAUUUACGCAUUCACGGAAAGUGCACAGAGCACCUAUAGUGUUCGGUAAAACGAAGCUUCCGAGUGAGAAAGGCCCGGCGCCAUUUUGUCUGUCUAUAGCAGCACCCUUUUGGGUGAGCUAUCACCAAGAACAAUACGCAUCAUCACAAAGUGGUGAACGUAUCCGUGAAAGUAUUGAAAUUCGUCAAUGCAAGAGUAGUGAAAUGCCGUAUUAUGAAGAUGAAACCACUCGAUCCGGAGCAACAUCGUCUCUUUAG